AUGGCGGCGCACCUUGCGCGCGCUGCUCGUCUAAAAAUAUUGGCAGCCAGUGCUUGUACCAGGAGGCGGGCAAGCGAGGCCGCAAGCCGCGUUCCAUUGACGGCACGAUUAUCACCUCUGCCGCUUCUUUCCAAGCACACUACUACUACUGCUGCUGCUGCUUCUGCGUCACAUCGCCAGCAGCCCACUCCCACAAUUGCAACGGCAACCGCAGCAGCAGCAGCAGCAGCAGCGGCAUCCAUGUCAAUGCAAGUGCCCUCAACACAAUCACCCCACGCCGCCGCGCACUUGCACAACGUCGUGGUCGGCUCGGCAGAGCUCAUGCCAAACCUUCCGCGCAGCUCUGGCGAUGUCCAGAUCAUUCCCAAGCUCACUGCUGUAAAUCCUAUGCUGCCCAUGCACGUCGGACUCCCCACUCUCGGCCUCUCCUCUGCCGCCGCCAUGAGUCUGAUGAUGCCUGGCGUGCAGUCGUAUGUCCAGCAACAGGCACUGUGGAUGUUCUUUCUGCAACAACAACACCAGCAGCAACAGCAACAGCAACAGCAACAACAACAGCAGCAACAGUAUUUUCAACUCCGGCACAUUCAACAGCAGCUUUUUCUCAACCGACUCUCGUCCCACACAGCAACUGGAGCCGGAGUCGCCCCCGUCUUUGCUACAGGCGCAGCGGAUCCCAUCACCCCAGGCGUAUUCGACGACCUGGACUCGUACGAGCUCCUCGGGAACGUCUCAGAACUGAGCACCGACCUUGCGGGCUUUGCGCACAAUCCGUCGUCCUCGGACGCCAGCUCACCGACCGCGUCCUCGGUCUCGGAGCACCACGACUGGGACAGCCUCAGCACCUCAGCCUCCAACUCACCACUCUUGACUCCCAACAUGCACUCGGCACAGCAAGUCCAAUCGGAUGCCGACAUGUUGCAACUCAAAACUUUGCCGCUUGGACUUGCAUCCAGCGCCGUUGCCAUGUAA